AUGGCGAGAAGUAGAUCGAUUAGUGGUUCUGGGUUAUGGAAAUAUUUGAAUCCUGCUUAUUAUCUAAGAAGACCAAGACGUUUAGCUUUGCUUUUCAUUGUGUUCGUCUCUGUUUCUAUGGUGGUUUGGGAUCGUAUAAAUCUUGCCCGAGAACAUGAGGUUGAAGUUUAUAAGUUAAACGAAGAAGUUUUACGCUUGGAGCAAAUGUUAGAAGAGCUUAAAGGUGUUGGCAAUGGUAAAACUUUGAAGACUCUGAAGGAUGCUCCAGAAAAUCCAGUUGAUAUUCAGCGAAGGCAGAAAGUGAAAGAGGCGAUGAUCCAUGCUUGGAGCUCAUAUGAAAAGUAUGCAUGGGGAAAAGAUGAGCUUCAGCCUCGGACAAAAGAUGGCACUGAUAGCUUUGGUGGCCUUGGAGCAACUAUGAUAGAUUCAUUGGAUACACUCUAUAUAAUGGGUCUAGAUGAGCAGUUUCAAAAAGCCAGAGAAUGGGUUGCAAGCUCAUUGGAUUUUGACAAGGAUUAUGACGCCAGUAUGUUUGAGACAACCAUAAGAGUUGUAGGUGGACUUCUGAGUACGUAUGAUCUUUCUGGGGACAAAAUUUUCCUUGAAAAGGCUAAGGAUAUUGCAGACAGAUUGUUGCCUGCGUGGAACACUCCAACGGGUAUACCUUACAAUAUUAUCAACUUGAGAAACGGAAAUGCUCACAAUCCUUCGUGGGCGGCGGGGGGAGACAGUAUUCUUGCAGACUCUGGUACUGAGCAGCUCGAGUUUAUCGCCCUUUCCCAGAGGACAGGGGACCCCAAGUACCAGCAGAAGGUAGAGAAGGUUAUUACAGAACUUAAUAAGAACUUCCCUGCUGAUGGUUUACUUCCCAUCUAUAUAAAUCCGGAUAAUGGCAAUCCAUCGUACUCCACCACGACAUUUGGUGCCAUGGGAGAUAGCUUUUACGAGUAUUUGCUCAAAGUUUGGGUGCAAGGGAACAAAACAUCAGCAGUGAAACCCUAUAGAGAAAUGUGGGAGAAAUCAAUGAAAGGUUUGUUAAGCUUGGUCAAGAAAUCAACACCUUCAUCAUUUACAUAUUUAUGUGAGAAGAAUGGAAAUAAUUUGAUUGAUAAGAUGGAUGAAUUGGCUUGCUUUGCUCCUGGAAUGUUGGCUUUAGGAGCUUCAGGUUAUGGCCCUGAUGAAGAAAAAAAGUUUAUGUCACUCGCUGAAGAGCUUGCUUGGACUUGUUAUAACUUUUACCAAUCGACACCAACGAAACUCGCUGGGGAGAAUUAUUUCUUCAAUGCAGGGCAGGACAUGAGUGUUGGAACAUCAUGGAACAUCUUAAGACCAGAAACAGUUGAAUCACUAUUUUACCUCUGGCGGUUAACCGGGAAUAAAACAUAUCAAGAAUGGGGAUGGAAUAUAUUUGAAGCAUUUGAGAAGAACUCUCGUGUAGAAUCCGGAUACGUAGGCUUGAAGGAUGUCAAUACAGGUGCUAAAGACAACAAGAUGCAAAGCUUCUUUUUAGCAGAGACCCUUAAGUAUCUCUAUCUUCUCUUUUCGCCUUCAUCGGUUAUUCCAUUAGACGAGUGGGUUUUCAACACAGAAGCUCAUCCGCUUAAGAUUGUGGCACGGGAGGAUCAGCGUAAGCCAGCUAUAGCAUUACGCCAGAGGCGGUUUGGUCAGACUAAGGGUUAG